GAGCCGCCGCGUCCUCCCUCGCCUCCCUGCGCAGCGGAAACAUGGCGGCGGGAAGGCAGUGAGCCGCUCGCGCCCCGCGCCGCUGCCGCGCCUCAGAUGUCUCCAUCAUGCAAGGAAGAAUGAUUUCUUAUUUGGUGUAGCUGAUGAUACUUUGCAAAAUCAUAUUCUUCAAAAGAUGGAGAAAUUAAUUUACAGAGAAACUGACUUGUCAGAGGUCAGAACAAGGUAUUGGUGGAUCCAGGAAUAAACCCCAAACCUCUUAACUCUUUGACCAGCUUUUAGUUCAUGACUAUGCAGCCUAGUGUAAUAGACUGGAAUGAUGUUAGAAAACACAAGUAUGGUCACCUACCAGAGUCUGCAUCUCAGUAUGAAGAAACUGCUGACAUUCUGGAGAUAGCAUCUAGUGCUUUUUGCAUGGCCCAAAGGGGCCUUGUGCUGCUCCACUACAGAGGACACUUCAAGAAUGCUGGUUUGCUACAGUGUUUUAGCUUGUGAGAGUCUCUGGGACCUUCCCUGCUCCAUCAUGGGCUCACCUCUAGGUCAUUUUACCUGGGACAAAUACCUAAAAGAAACAUGUUCAGUCCCAGCGCCUGUUCAUUGCUUCAAGCAGUCCUACACACCUCCAAGCAACGAGUUCAAGAUCAGUAUGAAAUUGGAAGCACAGGACCCCAGGAACACCACAUCCACCUGUAUUGCCACAGUAGUUGGAUUGACAGGUGCCCGCCUCCGCCUGCGCCUUGAUGGUAGUGACAAUAAGAAUGACUUCUGGCGACUGGUUGACUCAGCUGAAAUCCAGCCUAUUGGGAACUGUGAGAAGAAUGGGGGUAUGCUGCAGCCCCCUCUGGGGUUUCGCCUGAAUGCUUCCUCUUGGCCCAUGUUCCUUUUGAAGACACUAAAUGGAGCAGAGAUGGCUCCCACCAAGAUUUUCCACAAGGAGCCACCAUCACCUUCCCACAACUUCUUCAAAAUGGGAAUGAAGCUGGAAGCUGUGGACAGAAAGAACCCUCAUUUCAUUUGCCCAGCCACUAUUGGAGAAGUCCGCGGCUCAGAGGUGCUGGUCACUUUUGAUGGGUGGCGAGGGGCCUUUGACUACUGGUGCCGCUUUGACUCCCGGGACAUCUUUCCUGUGGGCUGGUGUUCUUUGACAGGAGACAACCUGCAGCCACCUGGCACCAAAGUUGUGAUUCCAAAGAAUCCUUACCCUGCAUCUGAUGUGAACACUGAGAAGCCCAGCAUCCACAGCAGUACCAAAACUCUCUUGGAGCAUCAACCAGUGCAAAAGGGGCGUAAACCAGGAAAGAAGCGGGGCCGAACACCCAAGGUCCUUAUUCCCCACCCCACCUCCACCCCAUCCAAGCCAGCUGAAACCUUGAAAUUCCCAAAGAAGAGAGGCCCCAAACCUGGCAGUAAGAGGAAACCUCGGACUUUGCUGAGCCCACCUCCCACCUCACCAACAACCAGCACCCCUGAACCGGACACCAGCACUGUUCCCCAAGAUGCUGCCACCAUCCCCAGCUCAGCCAUGCAGGCCCCUACAGUUUGUAUCUACUUGAACAAGAGUGGCAGCACAGGUCCCCACUUGGAUAAGAAGAAGAUCCAGCAACUCCCUGACCAUUUUGGGCCAGCCCGUGCCUCCGUGGUUUUGCAGCAGGCUGUCCAGGCUUGCAUUGACUGUGCUUAUCACCAGAAAACUGUCUUCAGCUUCCUCAAACAGGGCCACGGUGGUGAGGUCAUCUCAGCCGUGUUUGACCGGGAACAGCAUACCCUCAACCUCCCAGCAGUUAACAGCAUCACCUACGUCCUCCGCUUCCUGGAGAAGCUCUGCCACAACCUUCGGAGCGACAAUCUGUUUGGCAACCAGCCCUUUACGCAGAGUCACUUGUCACUCACUGCCACAGAAUACAGCCACAGCCACGACAGGUACCUACCAGGUGAAACCUUUGUCCUGGGGAAUAGUUUGGCCCGUUCCUUGGAGCCACACUCAGACUUGAUGGACUCUGCCUUGAAGCCUACCAACCUGGUCAGCACCUCCCAAAACCUUCGAGCUCCUGGGUACCGGGCCUUGCUUCCCUCCUGUGGCCUUCCACCUAGCACUGCCUCAACUGUGCGCAGGCUAUGCUCCAGGGGAAUGUUAAAAGGAUCAAAUGAAAGAAGGGAUAUGGAAUCAUUUUGGAAACUGAGUCAUUCCUCAGGGUCUGAACGGUACCUGGAAAGCCGAGAUGUCUCCCAUCUGAGUGGCCGGGACCCCUCCUCAUGGACAGUGGAGGAUGUGAUGCAGUUUGUCCGGGAAGCCGAUCCUCAGCUUGGACCCCAUGCUGACCUCUUUCGCAAACACGAGAUCGAUGGCAAGGCCCUUCUCCUGCUACGCAGUGACAUGAUGAUGAAGUACAUGGGCCUGAAGUUGGGACCUGCCCUCAAGCUCUCCUUCCACAUUGACCGGCUGAAGCAGGGCAAAUUCUGAAUAAGAGGCAUUCUUCUCCCACAAAGGAGGCCACAGCUGGCUCCCAGGAGCUUCAGUGGGGCUGCAGGUGACCUCAGGACUCCAGGAGGCCGGAGAGCAACCACUGCUACCCCUCCUGCCAUGAUGUGUCCUUCUAUGAAGGACUGAGGAGGGGCAAGUGUGGGCCCAUGGCUGGAGCUGCUCUUCCCUCAGCCUGCUGUGGCUCCAGCCCCCUCUAUUUAUUUCUUAAGCCAGCCAGCCUGUCACCAGGAGCUUAGACUGAGGAGCACCUUGUAGUGAUGAAGGAAGAGGCCAGAUCCAGGCCCUCACCACCUCCUAGGCUUGAAGUGGUGUCCUAUGGCCCCAGAUCCUGCUUCUCACCAGAUCCCUGACUCUACACUCAUGGUGCAGACCUCUGCCUUUUCAAAAACAUUUCUUAUUGCUAAUUUAUUGCUUCUGGCACUUGGACAACACUCUGGUUAAUGCGCUUCUUGCACCAGUUUCAGAAGGAGGGAGACCACCCUGCCCUGGUCUCAGAGAAGCUGUCUCCAGGUAGGCGUGGUCUUUCUUCAGAGGACACUGCCCUAGCUCAGUUUUUCUCUGUAAUGGACAGACCCACAUGGCUCUGUGGGCAUAGGAAGGUAACGGUCCUGUCCUAUGUCCUCUUCCCACCCUGGGCCCUUUGUAACCCAUCUCUGAUGGAAUUCUGUUACCACACUGUCCCCACACAGCUCCUGCCCUGGUCAGAAUUGCUGCAGAAGAUGGGGCCUACGCUAGAAGGCUCUGUGGCGGGAGGGUGGACUUCUGCCAGCUCCUGUGCUUCCUUGCAAGCAACUCAGCAGCACCGCUGCCCCCGCUGCCAUCUGGACUAUUUUAUGUCGAUCUGUUUAUAAAUAAAAACCAAUACAGA